AUGCUGAGCUCGAAUCUUGUCGCGAAGUGUCAAACGUUUUUCGCCGGAGCUGCUGUUUUUCUAAACGCAUGUCUGAUUUUUCUGAUCGUCAAAAAAUCACCGAAGCAACUUGGAUCAUAUCGAUAUUUGAUGAUUUAUAUUUCGAUCUUUGAAAUCGUUUACUCGUUGAUCGAUUCCGUGGUUUCGCCAACGAUUUUAUCGCAUGGCUCGACUUUUGCAAUUGUUCUACGGAAAACUACAACAUUUCUAUCGGAAGAGACUUUAUUCAUACUUGGAUGUGAAUGGUGUGGAUGUUUCGGAGCUUUCAUGUUUAUUUUUGCUAUUCAAUUCAUCUACAGAUAUUUGGUAGUAACAAGGUUAGAUUGACGUUUAGAUAAUCAAAGUAAACAAUUUCUUAUAGUAAAUCGAAAAUUCUGAAAUCAUUCGAUGAUUGGCGAAUGAUUUUUUGGAUCUUAUCUCCAAUUAUUCUUGGAACCAUUUGGGGAUCACUCGCUUUCGUCUAUUUAUCGAAAAAUUCAGAAACUGAGGAUGAAAUUCGAAGUGCCCUCCUCUCAGAAAUCGAUGUUCCUCUUGAUAAUGUUGUUUAUAUGGGUGCAACUUUAUAUCACAAAGAUUCCGAUGGGAAUAAAUCAAUUUUCGUAAAUACUUUGAUAAUGAUAUCGUUCAAGUUAACAGUUCUUACCGUAUCUUUUCUUUGUAUUUUUUUUUUCGCGAGUCUGACAUUACUGGAAAUGCGAAAAGUAUCAACAAUAUCAACACAACAAUCAAAAGAACUUGAUCGUAUUCAAUCUCAAGCAUUCUACGCAUUGAUUUCUCAAUCUUGUAUUCCAGUUAUUCUGAUGCAUUUUCCUUGUACCAUUGUUUUCCUCGCUUCUGUUUUCGAUUUUGAUUUAGGCACAUCAGGUGGCAUAUCUGCUAUUACAUUUGCCAUGUUUCCUGCUAUUGAUCCACUUCCCGUUAUGUUGAUUAUUCAGAAUUUCCGAGGAACAUUGAUAAGUGUUGUGACAACUCCAGUUCAAAUCAUUACCAAAACACGGAAUGUUUAA